GGAUCUGCCUCUGAUCUGAUGUUUUAAUGAAGUACCAAUACAUGUACAUGUAUUUGAUUUAAGAUAAGAAAUAAGUUUUAUUGUCGGUAGUUUAUAAAAUAUAUCCAAUUAUAUGGGGUUUGUAAGACUAAGUUUAAGAAUGCGACGACCCGCCACGCUUCAAAGUAUAAUGCGGGUACUAGGUCAAGAAGAAGGAAGUUAAAAUAGAGAUUUGUAGGUUUCAGAUAAACAAUCAAUCAGUUUUUCGAAGUUUAAACCAGAUUUUUAAUUGUUUUUUCACUUUAUAAAGUGUAAUUGUUCAGGGAUACAAAAUUUCAUAAUAGCUUUUAACUUUUUAUAUCAACUUAAUGUACGCGUAUAUCACAUAAUUUGAUAUUUGAACAGAUUUAAUAUCUUAACAGACGGAUAUUUACCAAAAAAUUCAAAAUGGCUACGGGUGGUAGCUUUUCUAGAACAUUGGAGGGCGGACACGAACCUUUUUAUGACUUUUCGUGUACGCCAUGUGAGAAUGAAGGAAAGAACAUGGAGGCUGUCAGAUAUUGUGAGGAAUGCUUCGUCUACAUGUGUGAUUCUUGUGUCAGGGGUCACAACAGAUUUCCGCUACACACAAGACACCAAUUAUUGGACCAAAGCCAGUUUGGGAAAGUGGCCCAGACUAAACUUGUUUCAUUUCCGACAAAACGAUGUUUGAAACAUCCUGGGGAAAUCAUUAAUAUCUAUUGUGGUGACCAUGAUGUCGUCUGCUGUAGCUCGUGCAAGGUUCUCGAGCACAGCAACUGUGCUAAAACCAAGCAUUUGAUAGACGCGGCAAAGGGUAUACAGAAGAGCAAAGAGUACCAAACUAUCAAAAAAGAAACACGUGCCCUUCUGAACGAUGCCGUUAAAGUUCUUGCAGACCGGAAAGCUGAUAUUUCUCGUAUCGAGAAUGAAAGAAAAGAUGUCAAGAAAAUUAUUGCUGAUUUUAGAAAGAAAGUCAAUAAGUGCUUUGAUGAUCUGGAGGAAAAAGCUCUCGAUGCUUUACAUGAUAAAACGGAAAAUAUCGUAAGCAGUUGUGAACAAGAUACAAAAGAUCUUACCGUCAUGAAAACAACAGCUGAGGACAUGCUGAAGCAGCUAGAGUCAUUCAAGGGAGAUAAUGAGUGCGACCUCUUUGUACAAGUGAAAUCCGACAAGACAUUCUUAAGUAAUGCUAUGCAGGAAAUUCUCAACAUCUCGAAGAAGGUAGAGAAAGAUGCUAUUAACUUUAGAAUAGACCCGAAAAUCGAGCCAUACCUUAGUUCACUUGAAGGUUUGGGCAGCUUUACUGAUAUCCCUAUGAACGCAAGUCACCUAUCACCAGUAGCCAUAGACAGGCAUGAGCGCCACCCACGUGCAUUUACGUCAUCCUCACAGACGUCUCGGGAUAAUCGUGCUCCGCUUCCUAUAUACAAAACACAGCUGUAUGGUAAAUUUGAUGUAAAGGAGAAAUCUGAUCCUGCAGUGUGUGAAAUAUCAGACAUCUGUCAGUUACCAAACGGAACUUUCCUUAUUGCUGAUUAUAACAACAAGAAGCUGAAGAGACUAGAUAAGUCAUAUAAACUUCUCGAUUCUCUACGACUGCCCGAUAGUCCAUUUAGUAUAUGUAACGUUGGUUCUGAUGAGGUUGCUGUGUCUCUGUGUUCUGCUGAGAAAGUUCAGUACAUAUCUGUAAAAAAGAAACUGACAUUGAAGAGAUCAUUCAGUACAGGUGACUACUGUAAGGGUAUGGUUUAUGUUGAUGAUAAACUGUAUGUCGGUUGUGGUAAGGAUAUAGAGGAUCCACCUCUCUGUUGUAUAGAAGUGUAUAACAACGCUGGUCAGCUAUAUCAUUCUAUAAGUGGAUUAUCUUACGUUCCAAAAUACAUCACAGUCACAGAUGAUGGUCAGCAUCUUCUUGUUACCAGCUGCCAAAGUGAUGACAUUACUAUGAUGGAUCUGACUGGUAAUGUAGUCAACACGUUCAGCAACAGGGACUUGGGAGAUCCUAGCGGCAUAUGUACUGAUGGUAAAGGUCAGGUGUUUAUCUGUGAUACAACAGUCGUUCAGUUGGAACCCAAGCAGCAGAAGAUAGACGUGAUCCUGGGAGAGAAAGAUGGUAUCAAGGAGAGUAUUGCAAUUUGCUAUGACAGAAAGCAGUCGAGAUUAUUGAUCUCCUGUUGAGAAUCAAAUCAAUUGUUAGUAUUCAAUUUGAAAUAGGGCGUAAGGAAUCAAGAGAAGACCUCUUACAAAAAUCGACAUUGAUAUCAUUUUACCUAUUUACAAUAAAUUUUGAAUUUUGUAUAUCAUUAAUUAUCAUGUAUCCAAUGAUUGUUUCUGUAUAUUUUCAACGUGAAGUAUUAUCACGAGACUUUGAUUAUGUCGGGUAAUAAAUUGAAAUGAAUGUAACAUGCUUCACUUUAAGUGUGAUUUGAUAUUAAAAUGCACACAGA